UUGAACAUUAAUGAAAAUGAGCAUUGAUUACCCUUGAUAGAUUCCCAACCAACAUGACCCCCUUAGUCAACAAACAAUAAUCUCCAACAAAGCAAGUUAAAGAAAAGAAAAAGAGGAGAACAAGAAAAGAGAAGAAAAGGUAAAGUAAAAUAAAGAAUACCCAUCAUCACUCCAUCUUCUUGGGUUAUUUUUUGCUUUGCUUUGCUUUGCUUUCCCUCUAAACCCCCUUUGGCUCCUUUUAACACUCAGCAUCUCUCCCCUGUCUGUACCUCUGCUCUACCGGCUUUCACAAUUUCUUGUUUCCUUCGCAACCCAUCUACCACAAUUAAGGUAGCACUUUUCUUUUCUGGUUUGAUUGCAAAAACUAACACCAUAUUUAUACUCUGAGGUAUUCUACUUAACUCAUUUUCUGUUCUAAAUUGUCCUGUCAACUUUCAAAGCAGAAGAUCAAAGCUGUUUUGUAUUCGAGUCAUCUUUUUCAUGGUAAAUUAGAUCGUUUAGUAGAAAGGAAGCAAAUUGUACUAUGUUAGUUGUACUAUGUUAUAAAGAGGAUUUGAAUUCUCCUUACACUUAGCCAUGGGUUCAUUAGGCAACCCAAAGCCCUGGGUGCCAUAUGUGAACACAAAUGACUGCUCACAAGGCUUUUGUAGCUUAUACUGCCCACAGUGGUGCUACAUCAUUUUCCCCCCUCCGCCACCACUGGAACUCUCCGCCGGCACUUCCGGCCCCAACUUUUCCCCUCUUGUUAUCGCAAUCAUCGGUAUUUUAGCAAGUGCUUUCCUCCUUGUUAGCUACUAUGCCAUAAUCUCAAAGUACUGUGGCAACAUGGACUCGUCUAGAAGAAGAGAUCAUAAUCGCGACCCCAACGAGGAAUUUGAAGAUAAUAACGAUGACCCAUCAACAAACCAUGAGCCAUGGGUUGUUGCCACUACUGGUCUAGAUGAGGUUUUGAUCAAGUCGAUCACGGUUUGUAAGUACAAGAAGGGAGAUGGGUUAGUUGAAGGAACAGAUUGCUCUGUUUGUUUAAGUGAGUUUCAAGAUGAUGAGAGACUGAGGCUUUUACCAAAAUGUAGUCAUGCUUUUCAUGUUACUUGUAUUGAUACUUGGCUGAAAUCCCACUCGAAUUGCCCCCUUUGUCGCGCUAAUAUCGCUUUUGUUAAUGCUUCACCGGUGAUUGAAGGUCCUCCGGACAUCGAAUCUUCAGCUGAAAUCCUUGAGAAUCCAGUUGUUGAGGUAGAUAUAGAGAUGGGUGUUGGACAAGAAGAAGAAAUAUUGCAAAGUGAUGGAUUUCCAAAGACAGAAUUUAUCGGGUUGAGCGUAUCGGGGAGUUUAGAAGGGCGAGAUGCCAUAAUUGAGAUCAGAGAGGAGGAGGAGGAGGAGGAUCGACCGAUUCGGAGAUCAGUUUCGAUGGAUUAUUCUUGUCAGGGCAGAGUUUUUUCGAUCGCUGAUGUGAUGCGAAUGAAGCAGGACGAGGUUUUUCAAGCCGAGGAGUGUCAAGGGGAUGUUGGGUCUUCAAAACAGCCAGCAAUUGAAAUGAUCAGCAAGUGUGGCCAUAGAAGCAGGGUGUUACACUGUGUUAUGAGUCCGGUUGUGAUGAAGAGAUCUUUUUCUAGUGGGAGAUUUUCUUUCUCUAGACGUGGUAGAGGGAGGAACAUAAUGAUACCCUUGUGAUUUUUUUUUUUAAAAUUUUUUUGUGGUUAUGGUGGAAUUAGUACCAUGGAAAAAUACAGGGAGGGGUCUUCAAAUUGAUGACUUUUAUUAGUGAGGUUAGGUUACUUUUGUUGUUUGGUUAUGAGUCGGAGAAUUUUCUUUUCUGUAAGAAUGAUGAGGGAUUCUCAACAUACAGAUCUCCUCAACAUAAUGCAGUUUAUCUUUGGUUCUGUUUACGUUGUACUGAAAAUUUGAAAGUGAUUUUGUCGAA